GACAAGAAGAGUGACAAGAGAAGAAAAUUAAACUACCAAGCAACGAAAGAAGCUUCCACCACCAUCACUUUCACUAUGUCUCUGAACAAGCCGGAGGAGCAGCUAGCUCAAGAGCUGACCUGCCCAAUCUGUCUUCAGCUGUUCUCUAAUCCUUUGGUUCUCCCCUGUGGCCACAACUACUGCCAGGCCUGUCUCCAGAAGACCACUGACAAGACUGGGAAAACUCUGCCACGUUGCCCAGAGUGCCGCGAGGAGUAUCACGGUGUGGAUACCUUGCAGAAAAACUUCAAACUCUGCAACAUCAUCCAGGGUUACUUAGCGAGUGCACCACCACUGCUUGAUGGGCAGCCUGAGCCACCACAGAGGGCGGAGGUUUACUGCGACCACUGUAUAGAUGAGCAUACACUGGCAGUGAAGACCUGUCUGAAGUGCGAGGUGUCGCUGUGCUCCAGGCACCUUCAGAGACACCACGAGAAGGAGUCAUUCAGGGGCCACUCUGUGGUGGAGCCCCUGACUGAUCUGGGCUUGAAGGAAUGUGCCUUACACAGGCGUCCCCUUGAGUACUUCUGCUCCAAUGACAUGACCUCGCUGUGCACCACAUGCUUCAUCGAAGGUUAUCACCAGAACCAUGACGUUCUCACCUUCAGCGCAGCCGAAGAGGAGAUGAGACGAGCGCUGGCGAACCGCAGCAAGGUGGUUUCCUGCAGGCUGCAGAUGACUGAGACUCUCCUGCAGAAGAUAGCAGAGGAGCAGGGAGCGUCUGAAGCCAUAGAGAACAAACUGAUCAACAAGGCUGUCUCGCUCAUGGAUGGUAUGAAUGCACUUGUGAACAGGUACAGCGAGCGUCUGCAUCUGCUGUACGAGGAAGAGCGAAGCCAGCGCAGAAAGAGCUGGCAGCUUGGAAUGGGUUCACUGGAGGAGCAACAGCAGCAGUUACUGGAGGCCCAACAAAGUACCACAGAGGUCCUCAAUGUAAAAGAGUCAUGUGUCUUCAUACACAGGUUCAUGCUGAUUGACCAUAAGCUAAGGAAAGUCGUCUCAGGCAACACCCCCCCCAGUAUUCCCCCAAAGGCUCCGCUCAACACCAAGCAUCUCCAAGCAAGCUUCAAAAUCCAAGACUUCCGUUCAGAAAUGACCCGCCUCCUGGAUUCCUUCUGUCUCCUUCUCAACCCUCUUGACCUCACCUUCAAUCUCUGCACUGCACACUCCAGCUUGAUAAUCUCUAAUGAUCUGCGCACAGUCAAGUACAGCCCUACCAAGCAGCCGUAUCCAGAGCACCCAGAGCGCUUUACAACUGCACCCCAGGUCCUGUGCAGCCAGGGGUUCUCAGGAGGUGAGCACAUAUGGGUGGUAGAAGUGGGUCCCAACAGCAUGUGGUCCUUGGGUGUGUGUUACAAGAGUAUCACUCGCCGUGGUGACCACAGUCGCCUAGGACACAACUCUGUGUCCUGGCGACUGCAGUGGAAAAACAGCAAGCUAACAGUGUGUCAGUCUUCCAGCAAUGUGGCUCUGGGGGAGAUAGCCCAACCUCCCCUGAGGAUUGAGGUAGCUCUGAACUAUCAGGCGGGGACAUUAACGUUCCAUAGCACCAAAGGGCGCAGGGAGCACCUUCACACCUUCAGGGCUGUGUUUAGGGAGCCGGUUUACCCAGCAUUCAGUAUCCACUCAAGCACAACAGAGUCCUGGAUCACACUGCACAGUGAAAUGUGAACAUAAUGGCUUUUGUUUAAUAUUUCCCAUGCGUGAAUUUAUUUGGACAUUAAUUUUGUAUUUACUGAUUUCUU